GGCGCUUUUUGACUGAGGCGUUAGUUGCGUGCGCGCACUUGUGUCGGCGGUUUUUACUUGUGUUCUGUGCUGUGUUUGUGAAAUAUAUUAUUUUUAAGAGUUUAUUGAGAGGAAUAUAGAACAUGGAGCCCUUACUAGUAGACGUAGUACAUUUUUAUCCGAGAGAAAACGCACAGCCUCAUAAUACUGUUAAAUUCGAAGUAGUGAACGAAGAAACCCCCGUGUGCACGAUAGUGCGGCGAGGUCAACCCUUCAAUGGUGUGGUGAGGUUCAACAGACCGUAUGAUGAAAAUGAUGAUCUGGUGCAAUUUGUUUUUACUUUGGGAGACAAACCUGCGCUAGAUACGCAGGGAUCAAUUUACUUGAAGCGUGAUGCUGUUACCGACAAAUACUCAUGGACUGCGAAGCUUCUUAGUGUACAAGAAGAUAACACUUUAUCGUUUGAGAUAUCCACACCAGUUACAUUGCCUGUAGGCUGCUGGUCAUUACGCGUAGUCACCAGGACAAAGAGCUCACAAUCCCGGGAAGUGUACGACUUUGACCAGGACAUCUACUUUUUAUUUAACCCAUGGAACCCAGACGACCAAACAUUCAUGGAGGAUACGUCCCUCCUUCAAGAGUAUGUAUUGAACGAUGUGGGCAAGGUAUGGGUGGGACCCAUUAAGAGCACGCGUGGAAAGCCCUGGCUGUAUGGACAGUUUGAUGCGGCUGUGUUACCGGCUUGUAUGUUGAUGCUGGAUAGAGCUGAAGUGCCGUUCCAACAUCGCGGCGACCCAGUAAAGCUAACUCGCGCGAUAUCCCGCGUAGUAAACUCGAACGAUGAGGGUGGAGUACUUGUAGGGCGUUGGGAUGGACAGUAUGAAGAUGGAACUGCACCUGCUGACUGGGCUGGCUCUGUGGAGAUAUUGGCACAGUUCCUAGAAACACAGGAGCCUGUGCAGUAUGGGCAGUGCUGGGUGUUCGCUGGUGUUGUUACUACUGUAUGCCGUGCACUCGGCAUUCCUUCCCGAGUGGUAUCCAAUUUGGUAUCAGCCCACGACGCAAACAGUUCACUCACUGUGGACAAAUACUACACUGAGACGAUGGAAGAAAUGGACUAUGAUCCUAAUAACCCAGAAGGUGCUGAUUCCAUCUGGAAUUACCACGUUUGGAACGAUGUCUGGAUGGCCAGACCUGAUUUGCCACCUGGCUACGGUGGCUGGCAAGCAAUAGAUGCUACUCCUCAAGAAACAUCAUCAGGCCAGUUCCAAUGCGGACCGGCUCCGCUAGAAGCGAUCAAACAAGGAGUGAUAGGUUUAGGAUAUGAUGUGGAGUUCAUGCUGGCAUCAGUCAACGCUGACCUGAUGAGGUGGAGGAGAGACCCUGAAGAGGAAACUGGGUUUUCUAUGGUGGAUACUAAUAACUAUCACAUCGGUCGCAUGGUGCUCACAAAGAAGCCGUUCGUGUUCGACCCGCUGGGUGACGCAGACCGCGAUGACGUCACGGCGCUGUACAAGCACCGCGAGGGCACCGCGUCCGAGCGCCUCGCGCUCUGGAACGGCGUGCGCUACUCCGAGCGGGCCAAGAGGUACUACGCAGUAGCCUCCUCACUAACUAACGACGUGACGUUCAAGCUGCGAGACAUCGACACAGUGCCCAUCGGCAAGGACUUCAGGGUCACUGUGGAUAUUGAGAACACGUCUGAUCAGGGUCGUAACAUAAAAGCGGCGUUAUCAGCAACCAGUGUGUUCUACAAUGGUGUCAAAGCUGAUCUGCUAAAGAAGGUUGAAGGCAAAAUCUUCGUGGGACCUCAAAAAAAGGAACAAGUGAGCAUAUUAGUAACAGCAGAGGAGUAUCUCCCAAAAUUGGUAGAAUAUUGCAAUGUGAAGAUAUCAGCAAUGGCCAUAGUGGACGAUACCAAGCAGUCCUGGGCUGAUGAUGAUGACUUCCAAGUGUUGAAACCUAAUAUUAAUAUUAAGUUCAACGAGGACCUCAUCCUCGGUUCCCCGUGCACCCUGGAGCUGUCGUUCCCCAACCCCCUGGAGCGGGCCCUCACGGGGGGGGAGUUCCGCCUCUCCAGCUCCGGGGUCGCUCCGCGCACUGUGAGGCUACCUGUUGGGGAUGCUGACGGCAAGGGGUUGGUUACUGCCACACUGCAGGUUCAACCCACUAAACUGGGCAAGAUCAACUUCGUAGCGACGUUCAAAUCAAACGAACUGAAGGACAUCAACGGAGCGGCUUCUGUUGAAGUUUUCGACGCGUAAAGAAUAUAGAAUUUCUGUUUAUAAUCUGUAUUAUUAUUGAUAAUAUUGUCGUAUAAUAUUAUGUAUUCUCAAACUAUCUGACCACUUUUUUUUGAACAAAAUCAUAAAGUCCAAAAGCAAGCUAAAGCAUUAAAAAUUGUACUUUGAAUAAAAAAUAUGCUAAAAACUUUGUAUAAAAUAUAUUGUUUCAUGUAAUUAGGUUUAAACAUUAUAUUAUGAAAUAUAAUGUAAUUAUUUUUGUAAGUUAUCAGAAUAGACUAAGACAUCAUACUCAUAGUGUAAGUUUAGUGCCAUAAAAUGGUGUUAAUGGUAGCUUUAUCUCAUAUUUUGUAUCUGUAUUUUUACAAGGAGAAAUAAAAAACUGUUAUAAAAACAA